GUAAUGUUACAUCACUUGUGGAGAUACACAUAUAAUACUAGCAAAGCCCUUUCUUUGGAAUAAUUGACAAGAUGGGGAUUACAUAAUACUUCAGUUGUUAGAAAUGCCAGUACUCCAGAAUUGUAUGAAAUUGCUGCCAUGGAUCCACUCUCACCAGAUCCUGAAACAAGACCAGGUUCAAUUUCAAGUACUGGAGCAAUGGUAGCCUAUUCUGGAAGAAGAACAGGGUAAAAAUAUAUAUAAUAAUUGUUUAGUCGAUCUCCAAAAGACAAGAGAGUUGUAUUUGAUGAAUAAACUGAACACGAUAUAUGGUGGGGAAAUGUCAAUAUUCCAAUCCCAAAGAAGUCUCAUAAUCUUUUGGAAUAGGUUGCCCUUUAAUUUUUAAAUACAAGACCAAGAGUAAAUUUAUAAGACAUAAAUUUUAUAGUUAUUUGUUGUUGAUGGAUAUGCAGGAUGGGAUCCUCAUAGCAGACUUAGAAUUAGAGUGUUUUGUACAAGAGCAUAUCAUGCUUUAUUUAUGUAAAAUAUGCUUAUCAAACCAACAAAUGAGGAAUUAAAGAAAGAUUUCAGUGAUGAUGUUGACUUUCAUAUUUUUAAUGCAGGACCUAUGUCAGCUCCAAAAUUAGUAGAAGGAGUUGGAUCAGAAACAUGUGUCUCAGUCAAUCUUACAGAUAAAAAGAUGGUCAUAUUAGGAACAUAAUAUGCAGGAGAAAUGAAAAAGGGAGUAUUUGGUGUUACACAUUAUAUGUUCCCUAAAUAAGGAAUCCUUACACUUCAUAGUUCAGCUAAUGAAGGAGUUAAUGGAGAUGUUACAUUACUCUUUGGUUUGAGUGGAACUGGUAAAACCACAUUGAGUGCAGAUCCUAAGAGAAAAUUAAUUGGAGAUGAUGAACAUGCAUGGUCUGAUAAUGGUAUUUUUAAUAUUGAAGGUGGUUGCUAUGCUAAAUGUGUAGAUCUUAGUCAUGAAAAAGAACCAGAAAUUUAUGAUGCUAUUAAGUAAUUAUAAUAUUUAUUGAAAGAUUUGGAGCUGUCUUAGAAAAUAUUGAAUUCAUGUCUAAAGACUCAAGAGAAGUUGAUUAUCAUAAUAUUUCUAUCACAGAAAAUACAAGAGUCAGUUAUCCUUUAGAUUUCAUUCCAGGAGCUAAGAAUCCAGCUGUAGGAAGUCAUCCUAAAAAUAUCUUAUUCCUUACAUGUGAUGCUUAUGGUGUAUUACCACCUGUUUCAUUGUUAACACCAGAAUAAGCAAUGUAUCACUUCAUUUCAGGAUACACAGCUAAAGUUGCUGGUACAGAAAUGGGAGUCAAAGAACCAGUUGCUACUUUUUCAGCUUGUUUUGGUGAAGCAUUCUUACCCUUACAUCCAACUCUAUAUGCAACUAUGUUAGCUGAAAAAAUGAAAUAACAUGGAACCAAAUGUUGGUUAGUUAAUACUGGUUGGUCAGGUGGCAAAUAUGGUAUUGGCAAAAGAAUGUCCUUGAAAUAUACAAGAUCUAUUAUUGAUGCUAUUCAUACUGGUGAAUUGGUUAAUGGUGAAUUUGAAAAAUUCGAAGUUUUCAAUUUAUAAAUCCCCAAGAGAGCUACUGGUGUUCCUGAUAGCAUUCUUCAUCCUAAAAAUACUUGGAUGUAAGUUUAUUUAUUAAUUUUAUAGUAACAAGAGUGAAUUUGAAAGAACUUUAAGAAAUUUAGGUGAUAAAUUCUAAAAGAAUUUCUAAAAAUAUGCUGAUAAGGCUACAUCAGAAGUUAUUAAUGCAGGACCAUAAUUAUGAUCAUGU